UCAAGAUGGGCAUAGGCUGGGGGGUACGAAUACCACUAUGGAUACCAAUAUUAGUGAUCACCUUUAUGCAGAAUAAAGUUAAAGCCCAAUAUGAGGACAAACAAGCAAAUUAUGAUGACUAUAAUUAUGUCCAGCAGGGACAAGACUAUUUUUUUGUACCAGUAACUAAACCACAAGAAGUGACAAUCAUCCAACCACUGAGAACGACACUGCCUGUAAAGCCUGGCAACCCUGCUCACAAUGGUCGUGUGUGCAGCACCUGGGGCAACUUUCACUUCAAGACCUUUGAUGGGGACAUCUAUCACUUCCCUGGGCUCUGCAACUAUGUCUUUGCAUCCCACUGCAAAUCUGCCUACGAGGACUUCAACAUCCAGAUCAGACGCACUGUGCUGGAAAGCUCUCCUGUGAUCAGCCAUAUCACCCUGAAGCUUGACGGAGUGGUGAUCGAACUGACCUCAGACUCCAUUGUGGUCAAUGAAAACCCAAUUCAGCUGCCUUUCAGCCAGUCAGGAAUCCUGAUAGAGAGAAGUAGCGGCUAUUUGAAAAUCACAGCCAAGAUGGGCCUGGUCUUCAUGUGGAACCAACUGGAUGGUCUUCUGGUGGAAUUGGAUAAGAAAUAUAGCAAUCAGACCUGUGGGCUUUGUGGGGACUUCAAUGGCAUUCCAAUUUACAAUGAGUUCACGUCAAAUGACAUCAAGCUGACUGACGUGCAGUUUGGGAAUAUGCAGAAGAUGGACGGACCCACAGAGCAAUGCGAGGAUCCUACACCUUCUUCUCUUACAAACUGCUCUAAUGAAUUUAGUGCUAUCUGCCAGACAGUAUUGACUGGUAAAGCAUUUGUGCACUGCAAUGCACUGGUGGAUGUUCAAGACUAUAUUGAUUCUUGCAUACAAGACUUGUGCCGCUGUGAUGAGUCUAUGAGUGACUUCUGCAUCUGUAACACCUUUGCUGAAUACUCCCGGCAGUGCGCCCAUGCUGGUGGACAACCUCUGAACUGGAGAACUAAAGACCUGUGCAACAAGACGUGCCCUUAUAACAUGCAGCACGAGGAAUGUGGCUCACCCUGUGCUAACACCUGCACCAACCCUGAAAGGUCAGCCCUUUGUGAAGAUCACUGUACCGAUGGCUGCAUCUGCCCCCCAGGAACCGUGUUUGAUGACAUUAACAGCUCUGGCUGUGUCCCUCUCAGCGAGUGCCACUGUACCUACAAAGGUGAAACAUAUAGUCCAGGUGCUUCUUUUGCAUCCCAGUGCACUUCAUGUACCUGUACUGGAGGCCAGUGGACAUGUGUCAGCCUUUCAUGCCCUGGGACUUGCUCCAUUGAAGGAGGUUCCCAUAUCUCCACAUUUGAUGAAAAACGUUUUUCCUUCUUUGGAGAGUGUAGCUAUAUCCUGACAAAGCUCUGUGACAGCGAUGCCUUCACUGUUCUAGGAGAAAUCCGCAAAUGUGGCCUAACUGACACCGAGACAUGCCUGAAAGGUGUAGCCAUCAGCAUAAGCGGAGGACAAACUAUCAUUGCAAUCAAACCUUCUGGCAGCGUGUUUGUGAAUACGAUCUACACCCAGUUGCCCAUCUCUGCAGCCAAUGUUACCAUCUUCAGGCCUUCAUCAUUCUUCAUCAUUGUACAAACAAACUUUGGGCUUCAGCUUGAGAUCCAGCUCAUACCCAUCAUGCAACUCUUUGUAAACUUGGACCCAUCCCACAAAGGGCAGACAUGUGGUCUUUGUGGAAACUUCAACAAUAUCCAGACAGAUGACUUCAAAGCCACAAGUGGUGUAGUGGAAGGAACAGCAGCUGCCUUUGCCAAUACCUGGAAAACCCAGGCUGAUUGUCCUAAUGUCAAAAACAUCUUUGAGAACCCUUGUACCCUCAGCAUAGAAAAUGAAAAAUAUGCUCAGCACUGGUGUGGAUUGCUGACUGACACUCAAGGACCUUUUGCUGAAUGCCACUCAACAGUGAAUCCAGAUGUUUACCACACGAACUGUCUGUUUGACACCUGUAAUUGUGAAAAGAGUGAGGAUUGUAUGUGUGCUGCCCUCUCUACCUAUGUCAGAGCCUGUGCUGCCAAAGGAGUCCUGUUGAGCGGAUGGAGGACCAAUGUCUGCACCAUAACUUCAUGCCCCAAAUCCUUGACGUACAGCUAUGUUGUCAAUUCCUGCCAACCCACUUGCCGAUCUUUGAGUGAGCCCGAUGUCACAUGCAACAUCAAGUUCACUCCAGUUGAUGGCUGCAUCUGUGCAGAUGGAACUUACAUGGAUGAAAAUGGCAAAUGCGUGCCCGCUAUUAGCUGUCCUUGUUAUUACAAAGGAUCUGUGCUACCUUCUGGAGAGGUUGUUCAUGACAAUGGGGUCAUAUGCUCUUGCAUACAUGGAAAGCUGGACUGCGUUAGAGUGAAACCACAACCAGUCUGUGCAGCUCCCAUGGUCUACUUUGACUGCAGCAAUGUCACUGCAGGCACAAUUGGAUCAGAGUGCCAGAAGAGCUGUCAGACGCUUGACAUGGGCUGCUACAGCACACAGUGCAUCUCUGGCUGCGUGUGCCCUAAUGAUCUAGUGUCUGAUGGCAAAGGUGGCUGUGUAGCUGUGGGGGACUGUCCAUGUAUUCACAAUGAGGCCUCCUACAAACCAGGAGAAACAAUCAAAGUCAACUGUAACACAUGCACUUGUAAAAACAGAAUGUGGCAAUGCACCAAUGAACCUUGCUUGGCAACCUGCUCGGUUUAUGGAGAUGGUCAUUACAUUACUUUUGACAGCAAACGCUUCAGCUUUAGUGGAGAUUGCGAAUACACACUGGCCCAGGAUUACUGUGGUAAAAACAGUACCAGCCUUGGAACCUUCCGAGUUAUCACUGAGAACAUCCCUUGUGGAACCACUGGGACCACCUGCUCAAAGGCCAUUAAAGUCUUCCUACGGAACUAUGAACUGGUACUCAGUGACGGAAAGUUUGAAGUGAUAGAGAAGGUCCGUGGAGGGGAAGUGCCAUACAAGGUCCGUUACAUGGGCAUCUACAUGGUGAUUGACACUGACACUGGGUUGAUUCUCAUGUGGGAUAAGAAAACCAGCAUAUUCAUCAAGCUCAGCCCAGAUUUUAAGGGUCAGGUCUGUGGCUUGUGUGGGAACUACGAUGGCAAUGGCAUUAAUGACUUUACCACCAGAAGUCAGUCUGUGGUAGGAGAUGUGCUGGAGUUUGGAAACAGCUGGAAAGUUUCUCCUACUUGCCCAGAUGCCAAAAGCAACAAGGAUCCUUGCACUGCAAACCCUUACAGGAACUCCUGGGCCCAGAAGCAGUGCAGCAUAAUCAACAGCAAAGUAUUUGCUGCCUGUCACUCUCAGGUUGAACCAAAUGAAUAUUAUGAAGCAUGCGUGACUGAUGCUUGUGCCUGUGACACUGGGGGAGACUGUGAAUGUUUCUGUACAGCGGUAGCUGCAUAUGCUCAAGCAUGUAAUGAGGCUGGCAUUUGUGUUGCAUGGAGAACACCAUCUAUCUGUCCUCUCUUCUGUGAUUACUACAACCCGCAGGGGGAAUGUGAGUGGCACUACAAGCCUUGUGGGUCCCCUUGUAUGAAGACCUGCAGGAACCCAACUGGAAAAUGCCUUCAUGAGUUACAAGGCUUGGAAGGCUGCUAUCCAAAGUGUCCAGAGGACAAGCCCUAUUUUGAUGAAGAUGAUAUGAAGUGUAUUGAUCAUUGUGGCUGUUAUGAUACCACGGGAAAAUAUUACAAGCCAGGAACACCCAUUCGUUCAGAAGAGAACUGUCAAUCAUGUGAAUGCACAAUGAAUGGCAUUAAGUGUGAAUAUGAUGAAGAUGAAUGCUACUGCACAUAUGAUGGAAAGCAAUAUGAGUAUGAGGAUGUCAUCUACAACACUACAGAUGGUAUUGGCGGGUGUAUCAUUGCAACUUGUGGUCACAAUGGAACAAUUGAUAGAAAAGUCUAUGCAUGUUCUACACCCUUAACCACAACACCAUUUGUAUUUUCCUCUUCAACACCUAUAUCCAUCACUACAGUGACACCAACUACACCAGUCUGUGUUCAUGAAGUAUGUCAGUGGUCACAGUGGUAUGACGUGAGCCAUCCAGAGCCUGGGAUCAACAAUGGAGAGUUUGACACUUUUGAUAACUUAAGAGACAAAGGUUAUAAAGUUUGCAAAGCUCCAAAGGCUGUUGAAUGCAGAGCUGAAAAAUUCCCAAACACACCAUUAAAUGAACUAGAGCAAAAAGUAGAAUGUAGUACAACAAAGGGACUAAUAUGUUAUAGUAAGGAUCAGCAUCAAAUGAUCUGUGACAACUUCCAGAUAAAAAUCUUAUGCUGUAGCUUUGUACCAUGUGACUAUACAACUCCUGCUACCACAACACCCGAGGAGACUACAACACCCAUCAAAAAAACAACCACUCCAGAAACUACUGUAACCAGUAUAUCUUCAACAACUACAGCACUACCUACCAUCACAAAAACUAAAACAACUACUCUUUCCACAAGUACCAUGACCUCCAAAACUCCUUCAACAACUCCAGUCACAGAAACAGCGAGUGUGUCCACUUCAACUCUUAGAACCACAGCUCCAACAACAACAAUCCCUGAAACAACUGCUAGCCCUUCAACAGAAACUGCAUAUACUACAGGAGGAAUCACCUCCAUAACACCUUGUAAACCAAAAUGCAAAUGGUCUGAAUGGCACGAUGUCCAUUUUCCCAGUCUGGACAAUAAAGGAGAUUCUGAAACAUAUGAUGAUAUUAGAGCAGCAGGAAAAGUGAUCUGCAGCAAACCUGAAAAUAUAGAAUGUCGAGCUGAGAAAUUUCCAGAAAAAUCAAUCGAUAACAUUGGCCAAACUGUCCAGUGCAAUGUAUCCUUUGGACUUGUCUGCAGGAAUGAAGAUCAGGAAGGAGUGCUCCAAAUGUGCUAUAACUAUCAAAUAAAAGUAUUCUGCUGUGAUGAUUUUAGUAAUUGCACAUCCACAUCCACUACUACAGAAACUACAACAACUGCAGGCACAACUAUUGUUUCAACAGAAGCUUCCACCCAGACUCCUACAACUACAGAAACUACAACUUCAGCAGUAACUACCCCUUCAACCACAACAACAGAAACCACAACCAAAGAAGUUAAAACAGCUACUCCUUUAACAACCACCCCUAUAGAAACUACAACAAUCAUAACUAUGCCUUUCACUACCACAACCACAGAAACUACAACUAUUCCAGGCACACCCAUUGUUUCAACAGAAACAUCCACACUGACUCCUACAACUACAGAAACUACAACAACAGUAGGAACUACACAUUCAUCCACCACCAGCAUAGAAACUACAACAAUCACAACUACACCUUUCACUACCACAACCACGCAAACUACAACAACCUCAGGUACUACAACCAUGACAACCCCUCACACUACUACUACAAUACCAACCACUAUGCCAAUAACCUUAACACCAAUUCCAGACACUUUUACAACUACAACUACUUCACCAACCACUACUCAAACCACCACCACAGAAUUUACCACAAUUGUAAGUACAACCACUACACCAACAACCACUGAAACUACCAUAGCUGCAACUACUACACCUAUUUCAACAACAAAACCUACAUCAUCAAUAACAGUAACUACUCCAGCAAUAACCACAAUCUCAGAAACUACAACAGCUGUGACAACUGUUCGUAUAACAACUGCUGGUUGUUUUAAAGAACUAUGUGAAUGGUCACAAUGGUAUGAUAUAAGUUACCCAGGGUCUGCUAUCAAUGAUGGAGAUUUUGAUACAUUUAAGAAUAUAAGAGCCAAAGGAUACAAAGUAUGCAAAACUCCAAAGGCUGUGGAAUGCAGAGCAGAAAGAUUCCCUAACACACCAUUAAAUAAGCUGGAGCAAAAUGUAAUAUGCAGCAAAACAGAAGGGCUGAUAUGUUAUAACAAGAAUCAACUUCCACCAAUCUGCUAUAAUUACGAGAUCAAAAUUGAAUGUUGCCAAAAAGUAAAUGUACCAUGCCUAAACACCACCCCAGCCACUACAACGACAGUAACAACCAUCCCAACUACUACCCAACUAGUAACAACCACCCCAGUCACUACCCCAAUUUUAACAACCACCCCAGCCACUACAACAAUACUAACAACCACCACAACAAUACUAACAACCACCCCAACCAUUACGCCAAUAGGAACAACCACCCCAGCCACUACUCCAAGAGUAACAACCACCUCAGCCACUACGACAGUAACAACCACCCCAGCCAUUACUGCAAUACAAACAACCACCUCAGCCACCACUCCAAUAGGACCAACAACCCCAGCCACUACAAUGACAAUAACAGCCACCCCAGCCACUACAACAGUGAAAACUACCCCAACUACUACCCGAAUAGAAAAAACCACCCCAGCAACUACUCCAAUAGUAAAAAUCACCCCAGCCACUACAAUGACAGUAACAACAAGGACAACAGCAAUGACACACAAAAUUAUUACCCAUAUAAAAACAACAAAACCACCUCAAACAGGACCUAUACAUCAAGAAACGACUAAAGCAAUGCACAGUACAACUAAAGAAACCACACCGGUGAGUAAAACAACACCAGAAAGAAUUCCAGUCACAACAACAUCAACCAUCUCCACAACACUGCCAACUACCACAAUUGUAGAAACCACCACUAGUGAAACAACACAAAGUACAACCACAACUGGUACCACCACUCUACCUACCACAGAAAUCCCCACAACAUCACCAAUACCCACAACUCCAGGAACCUCCAUUUCCUCAACUACAAAGUGUCAACCAACAUGCACAUGGUCCAAAUGGUUUGAUGUCGAUUUUCCCUCUUCUGGACCUAAAGAAGGAGACAUUGAAACCUAUAACAACAUAAGGGCAGCAGGAGAGGAAAUCUGCGGAAAGCCUCAAAAUAUUGAGUGUAGGGCAGAACAUUACCCGGACAUAAGCAUCAAUCAAAUCGGUCAAGUUGUGCAGUGCGAUGUCAAUUUCGGACUGGUGUGCAAAAAUGAGGAUCAAAUUGGGAAAUUUAAAAUGUGUUUCAAUUACCAGGUACGUGUUUUGUGCUGUGAAGAAAACCCUAACUGCCCAACCACAACCCCAAGUAUCGCGACCACAUCUAUACGUACACCAUCAACUACACUCAAAGAAACCACCAUUGAAGUCACAACUUCGACUAAACCACCAGUCACAGAAACACCAGGGACUACCACUUCUGAAACAACUCCAAUCAUUACACCUAAAAGAACAACCAGAAGCACAACGGGCACCACCACUCUGCCUCCCAAAGAAAUCACCACAACAUCAACGAUCUCCACAACACUGCCAACUACCACAAUUGUAGAAACCACCACUAGUGAAACAACACAAAGUACAACCACAACUGGUACCACCACUCUACCUACCACAGAAAUCCCCACAACAUCACCAAUACCCACAACUCCAGGAACCUCCAUUUCCUCAACUACAAAGUGUCAACCAACAUGCACAUGGUCCAAAUGGUUUGAUGUCGAUUUUCCCUCUUCUGGACCUAAAGAAGGAGACAUUGAAACCUAUAACAACAUAAGGGCAGCAGGAGAGGAAAUCUGCGGAAAGCCUCAAAAUAUUGAGUGUAGGGCAGAACAUUACCCGGACAUAAGCAUCAAUCAAAUCGGUCAAGUUGUGCAGUGCGAUGUCAAUUUCGGACUGGUGUGCAAAAAUGAGGAUCAAAUUGGGAAAUUUAAAAUGUGUUUGAAUUACCAGGUACGUGUUUUGUGCUGUGAAGAAAACCCUAACUGCCCAACCACAACCCCAAGUAUCGCGACCACAUCUAUACGUACACCAUCAACUACACUCAAAGAAACCACCAUUGAAGUCACAACUUCGACUAAACCACCAGUCACAGAAACACCAGGGACUACCACUUCUGAAACAACUCCAAUCAUUACACCUAAAAGAACAACCAGAAGCACAACGGGCACCACCACUCUGCCUCCCAAAGAAAUCACCACAACAUCAACCAUCUCCACAACACUGCCAACUACCACAAUUGUAGAAACCACCACUAGUGAAACAACACAAAGUACAACCACAACUGGUACCACCACUCUACCUACCACAGAAAUCCCCACAACAUCACCAAUACCCACAACUCCAGGAACCUCCAUUUCCUCAACUACAAAGUGUCAACCAACAUGCACGUGGUCCAAAUGGUUUGAUGUCGAUUUUCCCUCUUCUGGACCUAAAGAAGGAGACAUUGAAACCUAUAACAACAUAAGGGCAGCAGGAGAGAAAAUCUGCAGAAAGCCUCAAAAUAUUGAGUGUAGAGCAGAACAUUACCCGGACAUAAGCAUCAAUCAAAUCGGUCAAGUUGUGCAGUGCGAUGUCAAUUUCGGACUGGUGUGCAAAAAUGAGGAUCAAAUUGGGAAAUUUAAAAUGUGUUUCAAUUACCAGGUACGUGUUUUGUGCUGUGAAGAAAACCCUAACUGCCCAACCACAACCCCAAGUAUCGCGACCACAACUAUACGUACACCAUCAACUACACUCAAAGAAACCACCAUUGAAGUCACAACUUCGACUAAACCACCAGUCACAGAAACACCAGGAACUACCACUUCUGAAACAACUCCAAUCAUUACACCUAAAAGAACAACCAGAAGCACAACGGGCACCACCACUCUGCCUCCCAAAGAAAUCACCACAACAUCAACCAUCUCCACAACACUGCCAACUACCACAAUUGUAGAAACCACCACUAGUGAAACAACACAAAGUACAACCACAACUGGUACCACCACUCUACCUACCACAGAAAUCCCCACAACAUCACCAAUACCCACAACUCCAGGAACCUCCAUUUCCUCAACUACAAAGUGUCAACCAACAUGCACAUGGUCCAAAUGGUUUGAUGUCGAUUUUCCCUCUUCUGGACCUAAAGAAGGAGACAUUGAAACCUAUAACAACAUAAGGGCAGCAGGAGAGGAAAUCUGCGGAAAGCCUCAAAAUAUUGAGUGUAGGGCAGAACAUUACCCGGACAUAAGCAUCAAUCAAAUCGGUCAAGUUGUGCAGUGCGAUGUCAAUUUCGGACUGGUGUGCAAAAAUGAGGAUCAAAUUGGGAAAUUUAAAAUGUGUUUCAAUUACCAGGUACGUGUUUUGUGCUGUGAAGAAAACCCUAACUGCCCAACCACAACCCCAAGUAUCGCGACCACAUCUAUACGUACACCAUCAACUACACUCAAAGAAACCACCAUUGAAGUCACAACUUCGACUAAACCACCAGUCACAGAAACACCAGGGACUACCACUUCUGAAACAACUCCAAUCAUUACACCUAAAAGAACAACCAGAAGCACAACGGGCACCACCACUCUGCCUCCCAAAGAAAUCACCACAACAUCAACCAUCUCCACAACACUGCCAACUACCACAAUUGUAGAAACCACCACUAGUGAAACAACACAAAGUACAACCACAACUGGUACCACCACCAAACCUACCACAGAAAUCCCCACAACAUCGCCAGUACCCACAACUCCAGAAACCUCCAUUUCCUCAACUACAAAGUGUCAACCAACAUGCACGUGGUCCAAAUGGUUUGAUGUCGAUUUUCCCUCUUCUGGACCUAAAGAAGGAGACAUUGAAACCUAUAACAACAUAAGGGCAGCAGGAGAGAAAAUCUGCAGAAAGCCUCAAAAUAUUGAGUGUAGAGCAGAACAUUACCCGGACAUAAGCAUCAAUCAAAUCGGUCAAGUUGUGCAGUGCGAUGUCAAUUUCGGACUGGUGUGCAAAAAUGAGGAUCAAAUUGGGAAAUUUAAAAUGUGUUUCAAUUACCAGGUACGUGUUUUGUGCUGUGAAGAAAACCCUAACUGCCCAACCACAACCCCAAGUAUCGCGACCACAACUAUACGUACACCAUCAACUACACUCAAAGAAACCACCAUUGAAGUCACAACUUCGACUAAACCACCAGUCACAGAAACACCAGGAACUACCACUUCUGAAACAACUCCAAUCAUUACACCUAAAAGAACAACCAGAAGCACAACGGGCACCACCACUCUGCCUCCCAAAGAAAUCACCACAACAUCAACCAUCUCCACAACACUGCCAACUACCACAAUUGUAGAAACCACCACUAGUGAAACAACACAAAGUACAACCACAACUGGUACCACCACCAAACCUACCACAGAAAUCCCCACAACAUCGCCAAUACCCACAACUCCAGGAACCUCCAUUUCCUCAACUACAAAGUGUCAACCAACAUGCACGUGGUCCAAAUGGUUUGAUGUCGAUUUUCCCUCUUCCGGACCUAAAGAAGGAGACAUUGAAACCUAUAACAACAUAAGGGCAGCGGGAGAGAAAAUCUGCGGAAAGCCUCAAAAUAUUGAGUGUAGGGCAGAACAUUACCCGGACAUAAGCAUCGAUCAAAUCGGUCAAGUUGUGCAGUGCGAUGUCAAUUUCGGACUGGUGUGCAAAAAUGAGGAUCAAAUUGGGAAAUUUAAAAUGUGUUUCAAUUACCAGGUACGUGUUUUGUGCUGUGAAGAAAAUGUAAAUUGUCCUGGUACAACCUCAAUUUUGUCAACAACGCCCACACAAGUAACCACUCCAACUGUCUCAAGUACACAAACAGAAACAACAGAAGUAACCAUGACAACUACUCACUGCUUUUGCCAAAUUGAGGAUGCUGUUUUUGCAUCUGGUGAAAUUAUUUACAACAAAAUAGACAAGGAUGGAUGUAAUUUUUAUGCCAUUUGUAGUAAAACAUGUUCAGUGGAGCGAUUUAAGGGACCAUGUAACUCAACAACUCCAGCAACAACAAAUACACCGACAACUUCAACAUCUAUACCAACUACGACUCCCACUACAACAGUUAGUUCAACCACUGAAAUUGAGUGUCCUGAUGCUAAACCUCCCAGAAAGACAGGUGAAACAUGGAAGAUAUCCAACUGUACCACUGCAACUUGCGAGGGAAAUAACAAAGUUGUUAUACAGCAAAUAAAAUGCCCACCUGUAAAGAAAAUUACCUGUGCCAGUGGAUACCCACCAGUAAAGGUCUUCAAUGAGGAUGGCUGCUGUUACUAUUAUGAAUGUGAAUGUGUCUGUAGUGGCUGGGGUGACCCUCACUACAUUACAUUCGAUGGAACCUAUUACACAUUCCUUGACAACUGCACAUAUACCCUUGUGAAGCAGAUUACCCCUAAAUAUGACAACUUCCAUGUUGACAUUGACAAUUACUUCUGCGAUGCAGAAGAUGGAUUUUCCUGUCCUCAGUCCAUUAUUGUUUACUACAAGUCCACGGUGGUAGUGCUGACGCGUGAACUCUAUAACGGAGUGAUGGCUAAUAAGAUUAUCUUCAAUAAAAUGAUUGUCAAACCAGGCUUCCAGAAAGAUGGCAUUUCUAUUUCCAUGCUUGGCAUCAACAUGGUUGUUGAAAUACCUGAGAUUGGAGCUACCAUCACCUUCAGCGGGUUGAUCUUCUCAGUGAAGCUCCCAUUCAGCAAAUUUGGCAAUAACACUGAAGGACAGUGUGGUACAUGCACAAACAUCAAAUCAGAUGACUGCCGCUUGCCAAGUGGUAAGAUCAUUCCUUCUUGUACCCAGAUGGCUCCCCAUUGGAAGGUUGACGAUGGCAAGAAGCAGUACUGUAUAGGAACACCACCACCAAGACCCAGCACGCCAACUCCAGCUCCCAGCUGUCCCCCUUCUGCUCUUUGCAAGAUAAUUUUGAGCGAAGUCUUUGAAGAAUGCCACAAGGUGAUACCACCACAAGAUUUUUACAAGGGCUGUGUCUUUGAUGCAUGUCACAUGACCAAUACAUCCAUGCAGUGUUCUGGCUUGGAGAUAUAUGCCACUCUGUGUGCCACAAGAGGUGUUUGUAUUGACUGGAGAGCAGAGACCAAAGGCCAAUGCUCAUAUAACUGUCCAGUGGACAAAGUAUAUAAGCCAUGUGGGCCUCUUAAUCCUGCUACCUGUGAUUCAAGGGCUAUUCAACACAAUGGCACUGGCCUAGCUGAAGGAUGUUUCUGCCCUGAAGGACAGUUUCUCUUCAAUGAAAACAGCGGUGUUUGUGUCCCUGACUGUCGUAUCUGUAUAGGACCAGAUGGACUGCCCAAAUUACCUGAAGACCAGUGGAAAAGCAAUUGCCAGAACUGUGUUUGUGACAAGGACACUCGUACAGUGCAGUGUACAAAGCACCAGUGUAAACCACUCCCCCCAGUCUCUUGUGAUGACCCAGGGUUUGUACCUGUCCAGUUGCUGACACCAGAAGACCCAUGCUGUGUCCAGACUGAAUGCCGAUGUAACACUAGCAAGUGCCCUGAAUCAGUGGCCAGCUGUCAACCAGGAUACAAAUUAAUCCCAGAAGUAUUAAAUGGAAAUUGUUGUACUAUCUUCACAUGUAAGCUAAUACCAGGCUGUGUAACCAAUGGAACUUUCUACAGGCCUGGAGCUGUCAUUCCAAAAGGUAUCUGUGAAAAGUGCACCUGCUCUGCUGAAGUAGAGCCAGACAGUCAGAGAAACAUUGUUGACUGCCAGCCCAUUCCAUGUGACAGAAAGUGCCCAGUGGGCUAUGAAUAUAAAAUGAAAUCUGGACAGUGCUGUGGCGAGUGUGUACAGGAUGCUUGUGUACUGAAGAUGGAGGAUAACACAGUCCAUGUGCUUCAGGCUGGAAAAGUCUGGCACAAGCCUGGUGAUAACUGUACCUUCUAUAAAUGUGAACAAAUUGAGGAUCAGUUUAUUCCUGUUACUGUAAGGAAAGUCUGUGCACCCAUGUACCCAGAAACCUGCGAUCCUGCUAAUAUCAAGCUAAGUGAAGAUGGCUGCUGCAAAACAUGCUCAUUAGACCUUAAAACUUGUGGACUGUAUAGUACUACCACUGUCAUCAGUCACAAUGAAUGCAACUCUUCUGUGCCUGUUGAACUAACAUACUGCGAAGGCAACUGUGAUACUUCUUCAAUGUAUUCCCCUGAGACGAAUGUGAUGCAACACAUGUGCAAGUGUUGUCAGGAGGUUAAGACCAGCAAAAGACAGGUGACCCUGAGCUGCCCUGAUGGAAGCACCACUGAUUACUCAUACAUCCACGUGGAGCAGUGUGAUUGUGCGGGCACGGAGUGCAUCCCCCAAACCACACUCACCACUCCAGCACAGCAGCAGGAGCAAGAACAGCAGCAAUGGGAACAGAUCCAGCAGCAACAAGGGCAGUCCUAGAACCAGGAGCAGAACCAGAAAAAUGAACUAAAACCAGGAAGAGUAGAAUAUAGACUGAAAUAAAACUUUUCACCUUUUUUUCCCUAAUAAUAAACAAGAAUCCAAAGCAGCUAGAAUCUUGGACAUAUGGAUGAAAUUCCUGUAUACAGGCUAGAAAUUUCUGUUUCCUAAUUAUUUCAGCUUCCAUUAUCAAUGGGUCUCAUUGCUUUGAGUGUCUUCUUUUAACUUGAGAGGUGCAGCAUUAGGAAAUCUUGAGGUUUGUUUUUUCUUGGCGAUGCUGUACUAUAUGACUGACAGCUUUUCUUUCAAUAGGGUGGGGUGGGUGGAACUAUACUCUAACUAUUUCCACGGCACUUUUAGGAAGUCCUUGAUGUAAACUAUAGUCUCUUUUUGCUUGAAAUUCUCCCUGUGGUGAUUCUGAUACUGACUGCCCAAGGCCAAGCAGCCAAAUAUCACUGUGUCGUUAAUAAUUUUUCACUAGUCACAGUCAUUACUGUGUCUCACACCCACCUGACACUGACUAAUCAUUGCAUUGAAUUAGACAACUUUUAAAAUUCCCUUUGAUUCCAGUUCAGUUAGGCAGUGUCAACAAUUCAAGUCCAGGAAAAACACAGACUAUCGCUCUCACCUUCCUACCUUUUUGUUUGUUUGCUUGUUUGUUGUUUUAGCAUUAAAGAGAGUUUAGGCUAUAGAAACUGCAUCUUCUCAAACUUCAACGAUACUGGGGGGGUUCUGUGGUGUUGUAGGAAAGAAAGGAAGGAAGAAACUAACUCUAUCAUACAAGGCUGCUGCAGAUUAUCCUAUGUUUACAUGAGAUCAUCAGCAUAAUAAAUGAAUGAAAAUUUGGAUUUUUGUAUUAUUUGUUUUUGGUUAACUGUUUACAGAAGAAAUAUAUUUUUUGCCAAAAGGGGUAGAUGAAGGAUUUUUGUAAACGAAAGUAAUAAUAAUAGUAAUAUAAAUUCUUUCCUAGGAAGCUGAGAUUUUUUUUAAAAUGUUGUAUCAUUGCUAUUUAUUUUGUUUCUGGGAAAAAUAAGUGUACUGGACCAUUUCCUCCACAAUUAAUGUUGCCCCCAUUUUCUAGCGUCAGUGGGUAUCUGGUUGUGGGAUGUUUUCUUUUCUAUUUUGUUUGUUUCCUAAGGAGAAAAAAGUUAUGAUUAAUACACUUUUAGCAUUUUGCAA